GAAAAAGGUUAUUGCAUGUUUAACAUCAUGGUUGUCCGUGACUGUACCACUUUGUAAUCUAAAUUAGAAUUUGACCACGAUAAAAGUGUUUGAAGGAAUUGUUUCGGACGUCUGGUUUGUAAGUUCUUUGAACAUCAUUGUUUAUUACAAUUUCUUUUACAGGGCCUUAUCUAACUGGAUAUUUGUGCAACGCGAUUGGUCGUAAGCCAUGUUUCAUUCUAGCAGGAUUGGUUACUCUGUUGUCAUUUAUAUUACUGGCUACAGCUAAUAAUUUGGCUAUGAUAUAUGUUGGCAGAGUUUUCUGUGGAUUCGGAACAGGAAUUAUAUUAAUUGUGAAUCUUAUUUAUAUCGGCGAAAUAGCGUCGACCAAUAUUCGAGGUAUAUUGUUAACGAGCAAUGCGAUUUUCUCCACGUUGGGUACACUGAUCGUGUAUGCAGUAGGCCCCUAUGUAUCGUAUCAGUUAGUCUCUUAUAUUGCAGCGGCCAUUACGGCUGUGUACUUACUGGGGCUUUUCUUUAUACCAGAAUCUCCGACGUAUUUGAUUUUAAAAGACAGGAAAGAAGCCGCUGGUCUGGUAAUGGAAAAGUUGGGGAGAUCUAAAGAAUACCAUGCUUAUCAAGAAAUGAAGGUUACCGUUGAAAAGCAGAGCGUUGUAGAGGAAUGGAAGCAAGUACUGACAGUAAAGAGCAAUCGGAAAGCAUUAUUUAUAACACUGACUUUAGGAAUUCUGCAACAAGGCAGUGGUAUAAUUGCAGUCACAUUUUUUGCAACAACAAUUUUCCAAUUAGCCGGUUCUUCUAUAGAACCGAAUAUAGCCACAAUAAUAAUUGGUGUAACACAAAUAUUUUCAAGCACGUUAACACCUUUCUUCGUCGAAAGGAUUGGAAGGAGAAUUUUAUUGAUAUACUCAACGACAGUAUGCACUUUAAGUUUGGCGACACUGGGUGUAUAUUUCUACUUAGACUACAUAAGUCAUCCAACAGUUACCAAAAUACAAUGGUUACCGUUAGUGACGUUGAUUAUAUUCUUCCUAUCUUAUGACUUUGGUUUUGGUGUAAUUCCGGGCACACUGGUUGGUGAAAUGUUCCAAUCGAAUGUUAGGAGUACUGGAUCAACUAUCAGUGUGACUUUCUCUUGGCUGUUCGGUUUCGGUUUGACGACCGUCUUCGGUCACAUGAUAUCUGGCCUCGGAAGUCACGUCACAUUCUGGAUAUUCUCCAGUAUGUGUGCGCUGGCUUGUAUUUUCGGAAUAUUCGUCGUGCCCGAAACCAAAGGAAAAACUUUGAUUGAAAUUCAAGAAAUGUUAAAUAAAAUCUUAGUUGGCUACGGUCUAGGAUGGACCGCACCUAUCAUCCCUAAGCUUUCUGAUACCAACACAUCACCGUUGCCAUAUGAACUCACAGAAACGGAAACAUCGCUAAUUGCAUCUAUUAUUUACGUUGGUACUAUCUUAGAUAGGAGAGACGCUGCCAGAAAUGUAUUAGAACAGCUAGGAAGGCGUAAAGAAUACCAUGAUUACGAAGAAAUGAACAAGAAUGUUGAAGAGCAUAGCGCUUUAGAAGAGUGGAAACAGCUCCUCACAUGCAGUGGUAUUUUACCUGUCAUUUUCUUCGCGACGACGAUAUUCCAAUUAGCCGGUUCAUCUAUAGAACCGCAUAUAGCUACCAUUAUUAUUGGCGUGACACAAAAGUCUUCGAGUACUUUAACUCCUUUCUUCAUUGAAAGGGUUGGAAGGAGGAUAUUGCUAAUUUUUUCAACAUCAAUAUGCACGUUAAGUUUGGCAACCCUGGGUGUAUAUUUCUACUUGGACAACAUAAGUCAUCCAUCAGUUACAAAAAUGCAAUGGUUACCAUUGGUGACAUUAAUUAUAUUCUUCCUUUCUUAUGACUUCGGGUUUGGUAUGAUACCGGGGACGUUAAUUGGUGAAAUGUUCCAAUCGAAUGUAAGGAGUAUUGGAUCGACUAUCAGCGUGACCGUACCUUGGAUGUUCGGCUUCGGUUUGACGACUGUCUUUGGUUACAUGAUAUCUGGCCUCGGGAGUCAUGUCCCAUUUUGGAUAUUCUCCAGUAUGUGUGCGCUGGCUUGUAUUUUCGGAAUAUUCGUCGUGCCCGAAACAAAAGGAAAGACAUUGAUUGAAAUACAAGAAAUGUUAAAUAAAUGAGUAAAUGUGGGGUUUUUUUA